UGUGCAAUCUGCCUAACCUAACCUCAACCCUGGAGUCCUCCUGCUUCUCUGUUAAUCCUGAGGGCACCAGCUGUAUGCUAAUUCCCAUGGCUAGUCCCCUUGUCAUUGAGUACACACCUGACCACCAGAGGGCCCUGUCCUAGCAGAAAUCAAAACGCAACGUUCAUAGAAGUAAGGACCAUCGGCAGCUGAGCAGCCUGUCCGUUUGAAUGUGCAAGGAUUGGAAGGGACCAUUUCCAUGGACCAUCUGUCUCACUGGCUAGCGAUACAACAAAGGACCCAGGAUGGUGUUAAUACAUGUCGGAUAUUUGGUUCUUCCCGUAUUUGGCUCUGUAAGAAAUAGAGGAGCACACUUCACCAGACAUCAGCACAGCCAUGCUACCUCCUGCCGACACUUUAACCUGGGGGCCCCCCAGGCUCCCAUCUCAGCCGAGUUCCCCGUGGGUCAUGCCAGUCAGCCUCCCCAGACUGGCCUGGCCCCUCACCUGUCCACAGCCCCCCACCACCCUCCGCCCCUGACGGCCCUGCCGGCCCCCCCUCAGUUCCAGGACAUCCCGGGGCCCCCGUUCCUACCUCAGGCCUUACACCAGCAAUACCUCAUCCAGCAGCAGCUUCUAGAGGCGCAGCACCGCAGGAUCCUCCCACACUCCAGACGAACACCGGAGCGCGUUCCUCUGAACCCUCACAGGCUGCGCUCGGGGUAUGACUACUCCCCUCCACUCCACGUUCCCCAGCCAAUCAGCCAGCAGCCGCGCUACCUGGCCGAGGGCACAGACUGGGACCUCAGUGUGGACGCUGGCCUCUCUCACCAUCAGUACCAGCUCCAGCAGCUUCCACAGCACUAUCAGCAUUACCUGGCCUCAUCCCCUAGAAUGCACCACUUUCCCAGGAACACCACCUCUGCACAAGUGGUUGUGCACGAGAUCAGAAACUAUCCGUACCCCCAGCUCCACCUGCUGGCUCUACAGGGCCUCAACCCCUCACGCCAUGCUUCGGCUGUACGAGAGAGCUAUGAGGAGCUGUUGCAGCUUGAAGACAGGCUGGGAAGUGUCAGUAGAGGGGCAGUUCAGACCACCAUAGAGAGAUUCACCUUCCCACACAAAUACAAGAAGACCAAGAAGACAUCCUCAAGGUCUGAGGGCUUACAAGUCUCAGACAGGGCUACCUCACCACUAAAGCAUGAUUCCAAAUCACCUCAACUACAAAAACUCAUCAUAGAUACACAAGCACAGAGAAAGCCUCUGGAGAUGAAGGUUGGUGAGAAAGAGGAGGAGACUGAUGUGGAUGAGAAAUGUACCAUCUGCCUAUCCAUGCUGGAGGAUGCAGAGGAUGUCAGGCGGUUACCCUGCAUGCACCUCUUCCACCAGGGCUGUGUGGACCAGUGGCUGGCGACCAGCAGGAAGUGUCCAAUCUGCCGCGUGGACAUCGAGACGCAGCUCCAUCCCGACAGCUGAUUGGCCCGGGGGUGAAGCCUGACGGCCUGGCUGCUGUCAAUCACCCUGGUGUGUUUCCUGCUCCCCUCCACCCCGGCCCUGGUCCCUCCCCACACGGGUGCUUUGCCAAAUGUCUCCAGACGUCAUGUGACAUCAUCACCCUCUCUGACUCACGCUUUACUGAGCCAACCCAGGAUUACUUACUGCACGAGAGAAUGGAGUCUCUCUCUCUCUCUCUCAAUAAAAGCACAUCCCCGGCAAAAAGACAAGCAAACACACUCACACAUACAUACUCUAUACACACGCACAGGGUUUACUAGUUGCUUGCUGGAGGUGGGGUGUUGUUGCUGUCGUGUUGUUGUAGGUAGGGGAGGCAGGUGUUUGUCCUGUUUCCUGUGUCUUUGUAGCAUGUUCUUAAAGCCAUGACAUUAAUGUACUGAGUGAAAAACACACAACCCCACUUGCCAGCCGGCCACACACUCAAAACACACACACCCACACACUUUGCUUAUUCUGCCACAACAGGAAUCUAAAUCAACCACGUAAAAGCCCUGUCGCCAUGUUUGCCGACAGAUCAUUUGUGGUAGUACAGUAGCGGUAUCAGACAGUGGUAUGUAUGCAAUACAGUAGUUCUACAUUUGCUUGGGACUGAUGCUGUCAUCAGUGUUGGGACAUAAUACGACUAUUUCACUGCUGCAAUGUCGGCCUGCCCCAAUGCAUGGGUUGGCGUGUGUUUGAGUAAAUACACAGGUUAGUGAGUGUUUAACCAAAUGAGUUAUGGUAUCGCUUGACCUGCUGCAGCACGGGUUAAUGUGUGUGUUCUGCCCCAGUGUGUGGGUUUCAGUGUGUAUUUAACCAAUGCGUGAUCGUGUGUGACAAACUUAAAGUGCGGGUUCAAGUGUGUGUCAAAGGUUAAAGGGGAAUAUAGUAGUUAGAUUAAUGGUGGUUUGAUUGGCGUGCUUGUAGAAUACAAAGCCAAAUAAGGACUUUAAAAAAUGCAAAAAAGAAAUGUAGUAAGACCCAAUCCCCUAUCAUGCACUGCAGUGACUGGGUGAGGUGUGGGGCAUUCUGGGUAUGCAGGAGGGUUAGCUGCCCUGGAAACAGCGACUCUGUGCCAUCCCCUCCUGGCGCAGGUGUUAUGGCUGAGCAGUGUAGUGAAAUGCAUGUUUCAAUGUUGGCUUGGGCUGUUGUGUUAGCGUAAAAAAUAUAUAUAUAGGAAGAGCAAGGGAGGGGGUUGUGUGUGCAUGACUUAGUUCAUCUGAGCUGUGACUAUCUUUCUCAACACUAACAAAGAAAAAAAUACUGAGCACGAUGUCAGUGGCUGUCCCUGACCUGUAGCGUGUGUUCAUCCUGUCCCUUUUUGGUGGCAAACAAAAUGGAAUCCUAUUGUGACGUUUACCUUAUUGCCUAAAGAACAAGCACAUGUGAUGAUAGAUAUAGCAACAACCUCUUUCUUUGGUAUUGCAUUUGCGUUGGUUUCUGUAUAUUUAGGUAUAUAAACACGCAGUGUUUUGGACCGAGUGAGGAGCUUAGUUGUUAAAUUUGUGUUUUUGUGUGACAGAUCUCCCCUCGUGGUUGCUAUGCUGGUUUCUAUGCUGUAUUGCUAGAACAACAAUGUAGAAUGUUGUGUGAUGGGGGCAGUAUCCACAGUGUGCACACAGACAGGACUGGGGGCGGGUAAAAUAAGGGUCAUAGAAUACUUUUAUUGUAUAAAAAAAAAAAAACUUUAUUAAGUAUUUAAAUGUUGAUAUUUUAUGUUCAUUCCUUUUGAUCUGUUGCUCUGUUAUGUCUAAGUCAAUGUACGUAAACACUACAUAGCAGUGCCAAUCCUUAAAAACCUUUCUGUCAUAUGCAUUGAGGACUCAGUAUUGAAGCAUUAGGAAAAAUUUAAUCGCCCUGCGGACUUAAGGAUGAGUUGUGAAGGAUUGGGACAGACCCUUACUGUCCUGUGCACUGCCAGUGUUGAUACUGCCUCCUCCUUUAGUGGACUUUUCUAUGGGAUGUUUUGAUAGUUUACACAGGGUGUUGUCAGUUGAGAUGCCUUAAGUAUUUAACAAUCAUAAUUUAUUACUAACUGUAGAUAUCAUGGGUACAUAUUUAAUUUUAUAUAGUUUUUUUUUGUUGCAAUUGAAUCAUAAUUUAUUUAGAAAUAACACACAAAAAAAAUGAUUUACCUCAUUUUUGCAUUGUUUUAAAUGGGAAUGCUCCGCAUGCAGUUGUAUUUUUCCUGAAGAAACUAAACAAAAAAGCCCUGCUGUUUGAUCUCUCCCCGAGCCGGCUGUGCUAUGUUUACUGUCCCGGGCUGAGCUGUCUGGCCUGCUCUUCUCAUGUGGUGCUGUGGAUAUCUUGGUUACAUUCCAUUCAAUGCAACUUUUCUCUUAUCCCCUAUGCUGUGAUGUAGUGGACAGACUGCAAUGGAAUGAAAUGGUUUUUAGUUUGUAAUUGUUUUCUUGUCUCUCGUUUUGCACUCUUAGUUUUAACAUGGGAACCCUCUCACUGGCAUAACAGUUUACGAACAUAGAUGUGUUAUUAUCAUCAUUAUUAUUAAAUACUCUGUCCAUUUCCAGCUCUCUCUUUCAUCCCUCUAUCCAUUCUGUCUUUUAACAAAGCAUGUUCCUUUUCUUCUUUGUCAUGGGAUAUUUCUCCUUCCCUCUUUUCCAGAAAAACAUGUAGUUUUGAGUCCAACAAGUGCCUCGCUUCUAGUGUCAAGAGAUAUUACCUUAUGAUUUAAACCACACUAACUCCUGCACUCACUUACCCAAAAGCCAUCAUGUCCAAAUACUGUAUAACGUUGUCUUUCCUCACUUAUUCCCUCUCUUCUCUCUUUAAGGUCACCACUGACCAACCUGCAAGGUGAAAUAAAUAUGUCAGCCCCCAUAAGUGGAGUGUGCGAACAUCAGGUGGUGUGGUUGGCAUAUUCACGCUUUCACUAAGCAAAUAGAUCUGUGGCUACCUUAUGAGAGAAAGGAAAGCAGCUAUUUAGGAGUAUUUUUUAGUUAAAUAUUUGACCAAAACCUUUGUAGAAAGAGGCAUGUUUCACUGUGUUCAUCUACGCUACACUAAUUAGUCCAAUCUUUCCCUCUUCUUUUCCUGCAUUUCCUUUAAUUUCUGUCUCCUUUAUUUAUUCAUGACCGUCCAUCCCUCCAGCCACUCAGAACCCAUCCAAUGUUUCCCAUCACAAUCCUCUCUCAAGGGAAAACAAGAACAGAGGAUCUCUUAAAGCACAAACUAACUAAAAAUGCAUGUUUUUCUCAGGUUUGGAUAUAUAUUCUCGAUGGUAUAUAAGUAUAUGGUGAAAAUAUUUGCAGAUAUACUAAGAAUAAUACAAAUAAUUAAUUUUACUGCUGCUUGCAUCUGACAAACAAAAACUGAAGGAAAGAGAAAAUAUCCCAGAUAGUGCCAGUGAUAGGGCUGCCGCCACCUUUGUAUGAGAAAUCUGCUGUUUUAGCUGUGACUGCGCAAUGUUUUUCAAUAUAGGAUAUUUUAUCGGAGAGUAGAACUAUUUAUCAUUAAUAUUAAAGCAAUAGCUCAUUAAUGAUGAUGAGUGUGUUGAUGAAGAACUGGAUGAGCAUAUGUGUAAAUGUUAGAUUCACAUUUGGUGGAAUUUUGUACUUUAUUUAUUACUACUAAUAAUGAUUUUAAAAGUUGCAUCGCUAAACCCAAACUGUUCUGUUUUUUAAUUUCAAUUUUAUUUCAAGGCUUGUAUAUUAUCCUUUUUGUAUGUGCUCUUUUUGUAAUAAAUUGGAUGAAAUGGAAGGUGUAUAAAUCUGGUGAUGAAUUGG